GGUCUCGGCUCCGGGCGCCUCAAGGAGACUUGGGGACGCCCGAACCACUCCUUUUGAGUGCCCGGGUGCCGCGGCCACCGCGUGGGUCUGCUGCGCUCCAUGAGGAAGAUGCUCGCCGCUGUGUCCCGCGUGUUGGCAGGCGCUGCGCAGAAGCCGGCAAGCAGAGUGCUAGUAGCUUCCCGUAAUUUUGCAAAUGAUGCUACAUUUGAGAUUAAGAAAUGUGACCUUCAUCGGCUGGAAGAGGGCCCUCCAGUCACCACAGUGCUCACCAGAGAGGACGGGCUCAAGUACUACAGGAUGAUGCAGACUGUUCGGCGAAUGGAGCUAAAGGCAGAUCAGCUGUAUAAACAGAAGAUUAUUCGUGGUUUCUGUCACUUGUGUGACGGUCAGGAAGCCUGCUGUGUGGGCCUGGAGGCUGGCAUAAACCCCACCGACCAUCUCAUCACAGCCUAUCGAGCGCAUGGCUUCACCUUCACUCGGGGCCUGUCCGUCCGAGCAAUUCUUGCAGAGCUAACAGGAAGAAGAGGAGGCUGUGCUAAAGGGAAAGGCGGAUCGAUGCACAUGUACGCCAAGAACUUCUAUGGGGGCAAUGGCAUCGUUGGAGCUCAGGUGCCCCUGGGAGCAGGGAUUGCUCUGGCCUGCAAGUAUAAUGGAAAAGAUGAGGUCUGUUUGACUUUAUAUGGUGAUGGUGCUGCUAAUCAGGGUCAAAUAUUUGAAGCUUACAAUAUGGCAGCAUUGUGGAAAUUACCUUGCAUUUUCAUCUGUGAAAAUAACCGCUAUGGCAUGGGGACAUCUGUCGAGAGAGCAGCAGCCAGCACAGAUUACUACAAAAGAGGAGACUUUAUUCCUGGACUGAGGGUAGAUGGAAUGGAUAUCUUGUGUGUCCGAGAGGCAACGAAGUUUGCAGCUGCCUAUUGUAGGUCUGGUAAGGGGCCCAUCCUGAUGGAACUACAGACUUAUCGUUACCAUGGACAUAGUAUGAGUGACCCUGGAGUCAGUUACCGCACUCGAGAAGAAAUCCAGGAAGUAAGAAGUAAGAGCGACCCUAUUAUGCUUCUUAAGGAUAGGAUGGUGAACAGCAACCUUGCGAGUGUUGAAGAAUUAAAGGAGAUUGAUGUGGAAGUGAGGAAAGAAAUCGAGGAUGCUGCCCAGUUUGCUACAGCUGAUCCAGAGCCACCCUUGGAGGAACUAGGCUAUCACAUCUACAGCAGUGAUCCUCCCUUUGAAGUGCGUGGUGCCAACCAGUGGAUCAAGUUUAAGUCAGUCAGUUAAUGGGAGACUGUGAAAUGGAUGGCCGCUCAUCAUCCACUCUUGGUUCAGUGUGAGGACUCCUGCGUUUGUCUUCUGUGCUGGGAGACUGCAUGCCAGAGCCUACAGAGGACACCACCGCUGCAAAACAGGAGUUUCCAUAAGAAAAGCAAACUUAAAACAGCAACCUCCCAAGCAGGAGAAGCAAGCAUUUGAUCUACAGGAUUACAUUUGCCAGCUACUCUUUCUAAUAUAAUCUCUAACUUAUUCAAAUGUGUUGUCUUUGUCUGGACCUGGUGCCAUAGGAGUGUUGGUGGCUCUGUGUAGAGGUGUGGGCAUUUUAAACAAGAGUGAAAAGAUAAUUUCAUUAAGAUCGGAGGAAGCUACCAGCAUUUUGUUUUUGUACUUCAUUUAAAAAUAUUCACUAAGACCUAUUAUUCAAACCAUUUGGAAGCUCUUACCGUAGUCUGAGGCACCUUAGGUCUUCCUUAGUAAUGUUGUUGAGAAUAUCAGAAAGUGUAUAAUCCUCUUCAACAAUCUGAAACAAUGAUUCAGUGUAUGAGAUAAGCAGCUUUUCAACAGUAGCAUAGGAAUACUUUGAUUUAGAAAUUUACCUUUUCUAUUGUAUUUGCAUCCACUCCUUGUAGUUGCAACCAGUCUAUAAGUUCUCUGUCUGUCCCCAGUUCAUCCGGGGGUGCCGGAUUCUCCGUACCACCUAGAAUGAUUUCCAGUUUUGUUUUAUUGUAUAGUAAUGUAUAACCAUAAACUGCUUCAAAAGUAACAAAGUGGAUGUAAUGACAUAUCCAAAUAGAAUGUAAAUGUGAUGUGAAAAGGAAAUGAAUUAAACUUU